CGACUCGUAGCAUAUCUUGAGUCACUCGUCGACUACUACGGAAAUGGAAAGAUACCAUAUCUGGGAAGGCCGUAAGGGUCUGUGCAUCAUCUUAGAUAUUACGGUUUUUCGUACGUUUGCUCAUCGAGAUGCCCGAGAAGGCUUCAUGUUGGCGGAAAGAUUUUGUAAGCUCGGCUUCACAACCACGCACAUCACGGGAUAUGUCUCUGAAGCUCGUAUCAUCGAAGAAAUGAAAGGUGUUACCAAGUGGAUAACAGAGUGUGAUUCCCUUCUGAUUGUCUGCGUUAUGAGUCACGGAGAGAGAGGGAGCAUCAUCUCAUCCGAGGAAUGCAGGGUGCCACUGCAAAGUAUAAUCAAUGUAUUCAAUAACCAAAACUGCCCAAACCUUAAGGGAAAACCUCGGCUAUUCUUUAUUGAGGCAUGCCAGAACGACGAAAUCGAACCGGAAAAGAAAAAAGCGGGAGAUGAUGACUCUGAUGACUCUGAUGACGAGGAAGGAUGCUACGCCACUUGGGACUACAAGAUUGUCCUGCCCGCGGACUUCUUCUUGAGCUUUGGAACUCCUCCUGGGUACGUGGCCUGGUGGACUGAUUGCAAAGGAAGCCCUUACCUUGCGGCUUUGCUCAAGGAGCUUCCGAAGGGUACAGGUUACCUAGACAACGAGAAAGAAACAUACGCUUCCUUGACACAAUUGCUCACCACUGUUGCCUCAUCCGCCAGUCUGUUUGAUGUGAGCGAUAAUAUGUGUGAUCCGAGUCAGCAAGGGGAUGUCGUGAAACAAAUGCCCUGCUACGUUUCGACGCUCACCAAGAGGCUGUUCCUGUAAACAGAGGACUGGUCAAUGGUCACCAAUUCAGACAAGAAACCUUAGUUGUGCCUACUCCACUCUCAACUGGAUUCGGAUACACCGGCGGCGCAGCGAUUCCUUUGCUCGCGAACAACCAGAAAAAGUUUUGCAUGCGGACGUCAAAUCUGACUUUGCAGCUGAUGUGAAACCCUUGGUGCGGUACAGUCCGUCUCUUAUUGUUAUAAAAGUAUAAGCUACGUUAUCAUGUUUAAUUUCUGUUAAAUAGUCAGUCUGUUAAACAGCUUGGGUCAAAUAAAUGAAGUAAAUCAA